GAGAAGUUCGUGCGCGGCGGUUCGUUAUCUUUUUUUUUGCUUACUGUUUCAGUACGUGAGUGUGUUGUUCAAUCGAGCGUGCGAUCAAGAUCAGUUUCGUAGUACGUCUCGUGGUAGUUGGACCGGUUUAUUGUAUCGUCCGAAAUCAGUGUGUUGUGUACGUAAUCUACAAAUCCGAACUGGAACUGAAAGACGGUGGAAAAUAUGAAGUGGUUCACGUGCGGCUUACUUUUAUUCCUUGCGGCCAUGGACACACCAGGCGUGAGUGCCCAGUGUUUGGCCGAGAACGACAACAUACAGCACAGCAAAGCCGAUAAUCCGCUGUCCCGGAAUCGAUUGUACAAAGGCGAAUCGAUUUUCACGCUAAAACUGCUGGAAGCCAUCAAUACCGCCACGCCUACUGAGAACGUCUUUUUCUCGCCGUACAGUUUGUACCACGUGCUACUGUUGAUGUACUUUGGUGCGAAGUCGACCACGGAAAAGUUACUUCGCACUGGUUUGGAGCUGCACUGGACCGAUGAGAAGCCGGUGAUCUGGCAGGCAUACAACGUAGGCAAAAAAUCGCUCAGCACACGGUUCAGCAACAGCAAAAACAUUCAGUUCUCCUCCAUCGACAAACUAUUUUUCGGCAAGCAAGUUCCUAUCGAGGAAUGUAUGGAGGAUAAAUUCUUCGACGAAAUCGAGAAGCUGGACUUCGAGAACGAACCGGAAGCCCAACGGGUAUACAUCAAUAACUGGGUGGAGAAUGUGACUCACGAUGAGAUCAAAGACCUGCUCAUCCCCGGAUCAAUCACGAGAAACACUAAGCUCGCGAUUGCAAAUGCUGCCUACUUCAAGGGUACUUGGCAGAACAAGUUCAAGCCUGAGGAUACCAAAAAAGACAUUUUCUACGUAUCGAACGAACGGCAAGAGUUCGUUGAUAUGAUGCACGUUGAGGGAACCUUCAGUCAUGCCGCCAACGAGAAACUUGCCUGCCACAUCCUGGAACUGCCGUACAACUCCGAGGACGACGAAGCUCGCGUUUCGAUGUUCGUUUUCCUGCCACCGGCAGAACCCAACGCACUUGACAAACUGUUGAAGCGGUUAACCUCAUCCACGGACAUUCUCAGUGAAGUCGUCGGUGAAGGCAUCACUCGCCGGGUGGACGUCAAAUUGCCCAAGUUCAAUAUUGAGAAAACCGUUGACCUGAAGCCAGUCCUCGAUCGGAUGGGCAUGGGUAAACUUUUUGGAAACUCAGCCGAUUUUACCGGUUUCUCCAAAACUGCCCAGAUCGGGUUCGACGAGGUCCAACAGAAAUCCAAAAUCACCGUCAACGAGGAGGGAUCGGUAGCCGCUUCUAGCACGAUUGCGUUCAGCUUCCGGUCGUCGCGACCGGUUGAUCCGGCUAUAUUCCACUGCAACCAUCCGUUUGUAUUUAUCAUCUACGACUAUUCGACGCAAGCGGUGCUGUUCAACGGUGUCUACCGCCAGCCAGAGUGAUGUGAUAGCGUCUCGUUGGAGCAGCCAAAACCUGGUGGCGCACUAGUUCGUAAGGUUCUAUUUUUAUUCCCAAUUGAUGACGACAGCAGGCAGCAACAGCAGGGCAACUAUGCGUGCCAGUUUGGUCACUAUUUAUUGAUUAACAAAAACAGAAACAAAUAUCUCAGUAACAGACGAUUAGUUUAGAACAUUUUAAUGUGCUUUAAUAUAUGAACAAAUGGAAUUGUCAAGAAUAAAAGCUUUAAAUGAAA